UCACCUGCACCAAGCCUGUCAGCAGGUUGAGUGGCAUCUUUCAUCGACUUCACCUGUUUCAUUCCUGCUGGAUCUGCACCUUGUUCUGUUUCACAGCGUUGAAGCCUCUUCCUUUAUCGCGAGCAGCCUGCAGCCUACGUCACGUGUCCCUCUAGCCACCUGCGCACCUGGGCAGCUGCAUCUGGAAUCGGAGGUCAAAGUGCUGGCAUCAUGAGACGAAUCUCGCUUGUGUCUUUCCUCCUUAUCUACGGCAGUUUUGCAGCUCAGCCAUUAGCGCCUGCGCCAAAAGCCGCACCGUUGCGCGAGCUACCAUGGGCUCAACUGAACUUCUUGCAUACCACCGAUAUACACGGAUGGUGGGGUGGGCAUGUCCAAGAAGCGUCUUUCUCCGCUGAUUGGGGUGAUUAUAUCUCGUUUGCCAAACACUUGCGCGAUCGCGCCGACGCCGACGGCUCCGAUUUGCUGCUAAUCGAUACUGGUGAUCGGAUAGAAGGAAAUGCCAUCUAUGAUUCUUCAAAGCCCCGCGGUAAAUUUACAUAUGAGAUCGCGAAGAAGCAAAACAUAGACCUGAUCUGCUCCGGCAACCAUGAGCUUUACAAGGCAGAGUCUGCGGACGGCGAGUUCUUCCAUACAGUCCCGGACUUCAAAGGCAACUACCUGGCCUCCAAUCUGGACAUCAUUAAUCCAAACAAUGGGCGACGUCAGCCGCUUGCACCACGGUAUAAAAAGUUCAAAACGAAGAACCAGGGCAUUAGGAUCCUCGCAUUUGGUUUCAUCUUUGAUUUCACGGGGAACGACAAUAACACCUUUGUGAUCCCCGUCGAACAGACUGUGAAGGAAUCGUGGUUCAAGGACGCGCUGAGAGACAAAGAUAUCGAUCUCAUCCUCGUGUAUGGCCAUGUAGACGUCCGCUCCGCAGAGUAUGCUCUCCUAUACAAAACAAUUCGUUCCGCGCAAUGGGAUACUCCGAUUCAAUUCUUCGGCGGUCACUCACAUAUUCGAGACUACAAGAUCUUCGAUUCAACUUCGGUUGCCUUGGAGAGUGGCCGAUACAUGGAGACCAUAGGUUUCAUGUCCAUCGACGGGCUUCGUACUGCGGAUUCCGAUAAACGUCCGGCGCAGCAGCAGAAAUCAAAGGUGACAUUCUCACGGAGAUACAUUGACAACAAUUUGUUCUCUAUGCAUCAUCACACCAAGAAGAAUGAGACCACAUUUCCAACUGAACAUGGACUAAAUGUCACAUUUGCUAUCGGAGAGGCGAGAGAUUCACUUGGCUUGGGCGAACGGUAUGGCUGUGCACCUCACGACUUGUGGGUUUCGCGCCGCCCGUAUCCUCAUGAUGAGAGCAUCUUCACAUGGCUAGACACCCAAGUCCUUCCGCAGUCUAUUAAGCCGUCCGAAAGGAAUAAGAAAGCUAUCAUCAUUACCAACACUGGCGGUAUUCGUUUCGAUGUCUUCAAGGGGCCGUUUACAAAGGACACAAAAUUCCUAGUUUCUCCCUUUACGAGCGGACUACGGUACAUCAAAGACGUGCCUUACAAAUCCGCAAGCCGGUUGAUCAAGCUCUUAAACAAUGAAGGCCCGAUCCUAGACAUGAUGAAAGAUGGCAAUACGUAUCUGCAACCGCCGGAGCAUGUUGCUGCUCAGUAUAGACCGGAUAUGUAUAUUGCGAGCCAGUCACAAGAACUGCAUAGCUACACUGCUCAAGACCAAACCCCGCUACUGGGAGGCUCCGAAGACGAGCUGUUUCCGGGAUACACUACGCAUGAUGAUGCUGGUAAGGAUGGGGACGACACAAUUCAUCAAGUCAUCCCGUUUUACCAGGUGCCGAACUGCGUCCAAGCGAAUAUCGGAUUUAAUACCGGUGAUGAGGACAAGCCCGAGGUUGUGGACGUUAUGUACAACGAGUUCAUCCAGAAGUGGAUUUUGCUCGGGUUGGGGUACCUUGGAGAGAGUUAUACGUCGGAAGACACGCAUUCAUAUGCUGAUGGUAAGAGCUUUACAAAUAUCAUGACGGAAUGGGUGAAGGAACACUGGGACGUGGCUAGUGAGGAAUGCACUUGAUUGUUAAGAGUAAGCAUCAAAGUGGAUCUAUUCGGACCUAGCGGUUAGAGAUGCAGUCUUAAUUCAUCGUACAUAGUCGCACAAGGGAACGUGGAGAGUGUAUUAUAUGCUUGGAAGCGAAUUAACUCUGGCUAGACUCUCGAAACAGUUGUGGAGGUACCCAAAGUCAGUCAAGCUAUUAUAUAUGCCAAUAUUUACACCUGCUA